AUGGCAACUACUGGAAUAAAUGGGUAUGGUGAAGGUCAAUCUACCACUAGGCCACCUUUGUUUGAUGGAAAUAAUUAUGCAUGGUGGAAAACUAGGAUGAGAAUUUAUUUAAUUUCUAUUGACUAUAAUCUAUGGGAAAUUGUUUUUAAUGGUCCUUUAAUUCCUACUAAGAUAGUUGAUAAUAAAGAUAUUCCUAAGGAAGAAAAAAAGAUUAAUGAUGAAGAUAAAAAGAAGUUUUCUAUUAAUGCUAAAGCCAUGAACUGUCUGUUUUGUGUUUUAUGUCCUAAUGAGUUUAAUCAAAUCUCUGCAUGUAAUUCUGCUAAAGAAAUUUGGGAUAUGCUUAAAGUAACUCAUGAAGGAACUAAUCAAGUUAAAGAGUCAAAGAUUAGCAUGUUAGUUCAUAAUUAUAAAUUGUUUAAAAUGGAUGCAAAUGAAACUAUAUCUGAAAUGUUUACUAGGUUCACAAAUAUUGUUAAUGUUUUGAAGGGAUUAGGAAAAUCUUAUACCACCUCUGAAAAUGUGAGAAAAAUUCUUAGAUCAUUGCCUAAGAGUUGGGAAGCUAAGGUGACGGGGAUCCAAGAAGCAAAAGACCUCUCAAAACUUCCACUAGAGGAGCUCGUUGGAUCUCUCAUGAGACAUGAGAUAAUCAUGAAGGCCAAUGUGGAAGAAGAUGUCAAAAAGAAGAAGAACCUAGAAUUAAAGUCCACUCAAGUUCAAGAGGACUCUGAAACUGAAGCUGAACUAAAUGAUGAGGAGUUCGCUUACUUGAACAAGAAGUUCAAAAAGCAUUUUAGGAAAAGGAACUUCUCAAAGAAAGUCAACAAUCAAGAAGGCAAAGGAGAAAAGAGCAACAGAGAUACAAUCAUUUGUUAUGAAUGCAAAAAGCCCGGACACGUGAACUGGGACUAUCCUCAAAGAAAAGCCAUUUCAAAGAAGAGUAGGAAGGCUAUGAAAGCUACUUUGGACGAAAGCGAUGAAAGCGAAUUUGAAAGCGAGGAAGGAGUAGCAAAUUUGUGCGUUAUGGCUUUUAGAGACGACGACGACGACGAUGAUGAGGUAAGUCCUGAAAACCUUACUUUUGAUUAG